GAAUAGUUAAUUAACCUUUCGCGCGCGCUUUUUUACCACGUGAGCUUGUGUCCAAAACGUUAUGUUAGGAGGAUCCGCCUAAAGUGAGAACAUGGGCUGUUCCCCUAGCUACCCUCUUUCGAGGAGCCCUAUGCUUUACGAGCCGAAAGUCGCAUUCGACGUUACUGGCGAGAGAAGGGAUCGCGAGUUCCCACUCAACGACAAAGAAUUCAAAACCAUACAGAUGCAAUACUGGUCGCACUUGGUAGAAGACAGAAAAAAAGCGAUGGAAAACCGACGCAAAUUCCAAGAGAUGGACAACAAGGAUUACGAAGAGCUAAAGGAGAUGUACCCAAAGUUUGAAAUUGGCGAUAUCAUCGACCUCAGACUCCAAUAUCAGACAUUUGACAUCAAUCAAGACGGAGUUAUAGACUUCUCCGAGCUGAUGCAGGUGCUGGAUGACCUGGGCGAUAGGUCAGAUGUCUCUGUUCGCGAGGCAUACUUCCACCAGAUUGACAUGGAUAAUUCAGGAGCGAUUGACUUCGAGGAGUUUCUAACGCUGAUUUACAAGCUUCGACACUCAGAUGAUGAAUUCGGCAGCUUGGGUACCCUGUGGCGCCAAGGGACAGAUAACAUACGACGGGUUCGAAAACUGAGCGUCGCCAAGCAGAUGCUUGCGGGCCUGUUUUGAAGCAGCGACAGUUGGGGUUUAAGAAGAGCAUGCGCUGAUACCGGACCCAAACAGGAACACUCUUAAGAUAUAUAGGACAUGCUAACCAUUGGUGCGAAGCGUUUAUUGUUCUCCGCGAAUUAUUCUGUAAUAAAUGCGCUAUCCCCA